GAGCAACCAGAUACUGAGUCUCCAUCAUCACCUGGUAUGGAGAUCUCCCGUUUACUAGACACGCCUGCAAGCGACAAUCAACUCCAGGAUAACCAAGAACAACUUGUACGCAACAGUAACUCUAAACGUACCACGCAACAACAGUCUCGAGCUCUCGUUCCUAAGAGGAAAAAGCGGUGGAGACCGUCGCUCAAGCAAAUUCGAGACAAAAACCAGCGCGAUACCGACAAUUCGCUGCUGCUGAACCUCACGUUGGACGUGAACGAUCUGCGUCAGCAAGUGCAUGACUGCCUCGUGCAGAAAAGCAUCCGCGAGACGCGACUGCUCGUGGCCAGAGAACAGUUCCACGCUCGCUCGCUAUUGUCGGUCGAUGGCUUCUUCAAAGUAUUUCGACACGGCCAUCCUGGGGCUCUCAAAGCCUCCGAUGAGCGCUUUUUGACCGGGUUAUUGGACGAGAAUAUUGGCGUCGGUGGAGACGUCAGAGGCCGAGUGGAGUUUUACGAACAAUGGCGACGAUACAAGCAGUUAUUUAACGUGCGACAUAUCCGUAACUUUUCGACCAAAGUUGUUAACAGUGACGCUGGGGGCUGCCUGAUUGAGUGCACUGGGGAGUUUGAGGGGCAAGUUACAGUCGCUGCACUCCAGACUGUAUUUCCUAACUCGUUGCACCACGACGCAUUAGUCAAGCAAGUGCUGGGUCGCAGCUUCGUGUGUCCGACAAAGGCGCUUAUCAGCAUCGAUGGUAAUGGGCGUGUGGUACAGUACGAUGCGUUUUCGGACGUGUUCGAAGCCAUGAGCAAGCUGCUGGACUUCGAUCCUCUUCAAGUUGUGACUCUGAUGGCCGAUGCUGCCAUCAGUGAAGGCAGCAUGCUUCCCCCAGUCGAUGAUGGCAUCAACCAAGAACAAGGUGGGGGAUGCAAUCAAGAGGAGAGUAAUGGUAUUGCUGUGUCGCCUGUGAGCAACUCCAUGUCAUUCCGAAGUUCAAUCGAUUUCAUCUUGUCAUGACUUGGACCAACCGUGAGAUAUUGUAGCUUGGAUCUACGAAGACACAGCGGCUUAUUCAGUACGCAACGGUGACGGGGGUCGCCACCGAGUAGCUCGGUAAAGAUCUUCUCUACACGACACAGGACCGGUACAGCGCCUAUAGUAAAAGAUGCCGUCGCGGAUCAAAUAUAUAUAUUCGCCCAGUCCUCGCUGGGCGAUUGGUUUCGACGCUUUCC